AUGCCUUCACUUCUAGAGGAAGAAGAUGACCGUGAUGUUGCCGGAUCGCCAGACGGCAGCUCAGACAAUGACAUGGACGAAACAAUGCGAGAUCCCGACGACGGCGACGGUGACAACGAUCCUGAAACCCCGUCCGCCUCCAGUAUCGCCUCUGAAAGCCAGAGCGCCCAGAAUCCGCAAGUCGUCCUGACCCAGCCCUCGCCCGCCGAUGCCGCCGCCGCCGCCGCCCCCCCGCAGGACUCUUCGCUGCCUAUUCGCCCAAUCCCCCGGCCGGAGGUCCUGCAGGCGUUGAGCUAUGAUAUAGUGCCUACGACCGCCGCGCCGCAUAGCACCUCCAUCAACGCCGUCACCGCCACGGCCGACAUGCGGUGGGUGUUCAGCGGGGGAUCUGACGGAUACAUCCGCAAAUUCAACUGGGCCGAUUCCAUCAACAGCAAACUGAUGCUGACCGUGGCGCAGAGGCACCCGUUUGUCGAUAGCGUGGUAAAGGCCGGGGUACUGAUGACCUAUUGGGAAAACAUGGACGGCAACGCCUUGUCCCCCGUCUACUCGUUGGCUGCGCAAUCGGAAGGUCUCUGGCUGCUCUCAGGCUUGGAGUCGGGUGGCAUCCGAUUACAGUCGUUGAGACAUGACGAAGGAAAAGAGAUUGCUCUUCUUCAGCGACAUACCUCUGCCGUAUCGGCCCUGUGUUUGAGCUCCGAUGAACAAUAUCUACUCUCCGGGAGUUGGGAUAAAAAGGUAUUGGACUGGGACUUGAAUACCGGGCAGACUAGACGAGUAUAUGGGGCCUCUGUUGGGCAAAUAUCCGGGGUUGAAAUUCGGCCGGAAUCCUCUCUCCCUGUGCCACGAGAGACGGGUGAGUACCGGGUGACAAACGGAACAUUUUCAUCUAACAAUGCCGCCAAGGAGACUUUUAGCUCUAACGCAGCUAAUGGUGAGGUCAAUCCUGAUGCCACGACUCAUGGACCAGACGAGCCAGUAAAGUCACCAGCAGAUUCUCUCUUUGGUGACGACUCAUUAUUUGGAGACAACGAUGCUCUGACUGGCGGCGCUUUCGGUGACGCAGCGGAUGAGAUGUCGCAAGCCAUUACCAAUGGAAUACGGCAGGAUCGUCAGGAACGUCAAGAAAAAGAGGCAGAGGAAGAGGCAAAAGCGCAGAAGGAGUCAGCUGCUCAAUUAAACGGAGCAUUGAAUGACCAGUCUGCAUCUGGACCUUCCCAUUCAGCAGAAAGCCAGGAGCAACAAGCACCUCUUGCGCAGAACGGGAACCUCCCAAAUGGUAUUACAGAACCGCUGCUUAACGGCAUCUCUCACUCCGAAGACUCCGGGUCGCCGAGCGUCUCCAAAACCAUCUCAAGUGAUUCCCUGGACACCGGAUCUGAAAUAAUCAGAGAUACCACCUUCCUCUGUGCUUCGAUUGAUGGGACGAUACGUGUUUGGGAUCGAAGGCAACCGGACCCAGUUGCUCGAAUCGUUCCUCGAAAUACCCCGCCCUGGUGUAUGAAUGCAUGCUGGUCGCCGGAUGGAAACUACAUCUACGCAGGGCGUCGGAACGGCACCGUCGAAGAAUAUAACCUGCACAAGGGUCUGCGGGAACCGCAGCGGACAUUCAAAUUCCCGCAGGGAAGCGGCGCGGUGUCAGCACUUAAAGCAAUGCCGAACGGACGACACCUUAUCUGGUACGUAGUUUUGUCCCAAUUUUGCUUCAGAAACGCUACGUUCUGCAUUUUUGAACGCUAG